CAGCUCUGCACCCUUGGGCCUGGCGGCGGUUACACACCAUCUACCAUUCUGUGGAGCUGCCCGAGACGCACCAGAUGCUGCGUCAGACCUGCCGGGACUUUGCUGAGAAGGAGCUGGUUCCCAUCGCGGCUCAGGUGGACAGGGAGCAUCUCUUCCCAGCGGCGCAGGUGAAGAGGAUGGGCGAGCUGGGGCUGCUGGCCAUGGACGUGCCGGAGGAGCUCAGCGGGGCCGGCCUGGACUACCUGGCCUACUCCAUCGCCAUGGAAGAGAUCAGCCGGGGCUGCGCCUCCACCGGCGUCAUCAUGAGCGUCAACAAUUCUCUCUACCUGGGCCCCAUCCUGAAGUUCGGCUCCCCGGAGCAGAAGCGGCAGUGGGUCACCCCUUUCACCAGUGGCGACAAAAUUGGCUGCUUUGCCCUCAGUGAACCAGGGAACGGCAGUGACGCGGGAGCUGCGUCCACUACGGCCCGGGAGGAAGGGGACUCAUGGAUCCUGAAUGGCACCAAAGCCUGGAUCACCAACGCCUGGGAGGCCUCAGCCACCGUGGUCUUUGCCAGCACGGACAGAUCCCUGAAGAACAAGGGUAUCAGUGCCUUCCUGGUUCCCAUGCCAACACCCGGGCUCACGCUGGGGAAGAAGGAGGACAAGCUGGGCAUCCGGGCCUCUUCCACGGCCAACCUCAUCUUUGAAGACUGUCGCAUCCCCAAGGAGAACCUUCUGGGGGAGCCAGGGAUGGGCUUCAAGAUAGCCAUGCAAACCCUGGACAUGGGCCGCAUCGGCAUUGCCUCCCAGGCCCUGGGCAUUGCCCAGGCUGCCCUGGAUUGUGCUGUGAACUAUGCCGAGAACCGCAAGGCCUUCGGGGCGCCCCUCACGAAGCUCCAAGGCAUCCAGUUCAAGCUGGCGGACAUGGCCCUGGCCCUGGAGAGUGCCCGGCUGCUGACCUGGCGUGCUGCCAUGCUGAAGGACAAUAAGAAGCCUUUCACCAAGGAGUCGGCCAUGGCCAAGCUCGCAGCGUCAGAGGCCGCCACUGCCGUCAGCCACCAGACUAUUCAGAUCCUGGGCGGCAUGGGUUACGUGACAGAGAUGCCAGCCGAGCGGCACUACCGUGAUGCCCGCAUCACCGAGAUCUACGAGGGCACCAGCGAGAUCCAGAGGCUGGUGAUCGCCGGGCACGUGCUCCGCAGCUACCGGAGCUGAGCUCCUCUGAGGGCAGCGGUGCCCCCUGCCAGCCUUGGACUGUGGGAAAGGGGCCGGCCGCAUCACCCUGACCCCGGUCUCUGCCAAACCCUUGGGCACUGACCCGUCCCUUUGGCCCCUCAGGGCAGACCCAGCCUGCCGCCUGCCCUGAACGCUGGCUAGAGGGGCUGUCCUGCCCGCUGGCCUCGGGCCCCCAGGUGAACCUGCACGCCAGGGAGUCUCGGAGAGGAGGGUGAGCCCCUGCGACCUGCCACAGGACAUCAGCCGUCUUCAGCGCGGAAACGGGCUCUGCUACCUCUUUGCACACCAGCAGCGGGGCCUCACUCUCGCAGCCGUGGCCGGCGGGGCAGGGUGCCUUCCUUCCCUGGUCCCGGUGGGCCUGGCCCUUUGCCCAGGUCAAGACUUAGGAGGGUGAGCGGUUGGCGCCCGAACGGCCAGGCCUGCGUGGGCUUCGGAAGUGUGUGCUCCGGGGCCGUGGGGCCGCUCUGCAGAGGACGGCUGGGUGCGGUGUGUGGUCUGCUGGGCACGGGUGGGAGCUGGCUUGCAAUAAAGUGUAUGUGUCCGA